ACAAAAUGUAUUCGACUCUUGCUCUUGGUUCUUCCUAUGAGCUUGUCUGUUUUGUCGACAUCAAAGGCCAUAAAUGCUCUUCAAGCUCAACCUUCAACUCUCUAGCCUUGGAUACCUUGGGUGCAGUCAUUGUUGAAACUGGAGGAUGUAUUGCCAGCUUUAUCUUUUCAAGCAUUGCCACCCUUGCAAAACUCCACUAUAACACCAAAAGCCUGCAGAAUGAAAUAGAGAAACUUGAUGCACAAGAAGAGGAUGUCAGAUGAGCUGAAACAGAAGGGAAAUGUCCAGCUGCACAAGUCAAAGGAUUGCUUAUCAAGGUUGAGGAGAUUGAAGGAGAAGUACAGCCGAUGCUAGAAAAGGCUGCUAGGAUUGCUGUCCAAGGAUGCAGUUCAAGCUGUAACAUUCUUCCCCGGUACCAGCUCAGCAGACGUAUGGCAAAGAAGCGUGUUGAGGUGAAGCAUCUGAUAGAUACAUGCAAUUUUGAUACUGUUGUUACUCACAAGAAGUCUCCUGUAAGAGCAGUUGAGAAACAACAAGGACCAUCUCUUGCUGGUCAGAGAGAAGCAGUAGAGAUGAUAGAAAGACUAAUGGAAUUCCUGAAGGGGCAUGAAAAUAAGAGGAUAGCUGUCCGGGGCAUGGGAGGAGUGGGGAAAACUACGAUGAUCAGAAUCCUGAACAACAAGCUUGAGUCAUCCUCCUUGACGGAAGAACUAGAUAUUGUCAUCUGGGUCACAGUAUCAAAGGACUUGGAUUUUGAAAAGGUUCAAUCUGAAAUAGCCAAGAGAUUGAACUUAGAAUUGGAUGGGAACAAUACCAUAGAGGAAAGGGCUAAGAAACUGCUUCAAAGAUUGAUGAAGAAAAAGUUCCUCCUGAUUCUAGAUGAUGUUUGGGAGCAAAUUGAUUUGGACAUUCUGGGUGUUCCACAGGAUGAUGACCAAGCCAACUGCAAGAUUCUUUUGACAACUCGAUCCCUCGAUGUGUGCAAGGCAAUGACCAAUGAAGAGAUCAAGCUGGACGUUCUAAAUGAAGAACCAAAUGGAAUGAGUAAGCUACAUAAUCUGGGAGAACUAAAUUUGUCCCGCACACACCACCUAGAAACAAUUGAGUCUGGUACAAUUUCAGGAUUGCAAAGCCUGGAGUCAUUGGACAUGUCUUUCAGUGAAUAUAAGUGGGAUGCCAGAUGUAAUAUAGAAGAUGGGAGAGCAGCAUUCGAUGAGAUACUCACCCUGGAGAAGCUAUCAAUUGUUAAAAUAAGACUAGACAAGCAAGUCAUUCUCAGAGGAGUUGACCUCAUGGGAAGAGGGCUUAAAGGGUUGUUGUGCACUGCAACUGCCUUGGAUCUGGUUAUACGUGAAGGCAAGAGUGCAUUUUCUGAACUGGCCGUCAACAAUAGUUUGUCUGGACUGAAAAGCUUAAAGUCACUCACUAUAUCGAAGUGUGAUUGCAUCACUAGUUUGAAAAGUGGAGAGAACAUUAAGACGAUGCGUUGGAUGGUUAAAAUUAUAGAAGUGGUGGACUGUAAAAACCUGAAGACACUCAUAUCCUUUGCUUUACUUCAACAGGUUAAAAACCUUGAAGAGGUCAGGGUAAGAAAAUGUAGCAGAAUGAAACAUAUCAUUUCAGGAGAAGUGUCCACGGAAAUGAUCUCAAAGCCAAGAGUCAUAGAACUGAGAGAUUUGACCAUGUUAACGACUAUUUGUUCAAGGGUACCUGCUUGGCCCUCUUUGUAG